CUCUACAUAGACCUCUACUGCAGAGAACCACACAUGGCUCCUACAAUCAAUUCAGCAAUGACUUCUUCCCAGGACAACUUAACCCUGCCCCACAAGAUCAGAAAGCCGCUGGUGGAAAAGCUACGCAGAGAGCGAAUCAACAGCAGCAUUGAGCAGCUCAAGUCUCUGCUGGGUCCAGAGUUCCUCAAACAAGAACCUGACUCCAAGAUGGAGAAAGCAGACAUCCUGGAGAUGACAGUUGACUUCUUGAGACAACUGCAGCUCUCUUGCCUUGGAAAUUCUGUCACAGGUUUAACAGCUGCCAACCAGGGUCACUCCAGGUGUGUUCAGGAGGUGGUCCACUUCCUGUCUAAGGAUGAGGUGAAGACACUGUCCAACAGAAGAAUGUUGGAUCACUUUCAGAACCUUCGGACCUCCUCUGAUACAAGGCUGACUGAGGGUGGUUCAAUUCAGCUGAGCUCUCCACUCAAGCCCAAUAUCACCAAAGGGAAGAGUUCAGUUAACAGCGCCGUCUGGAGGCCCUGGUAGAAACCUAAAAUCUGGAGGUACUAGACAACGUUGACCAUGUUGGUCACAACAUGUUAUUGUCAAUGUAUAAUAUUAACUCAAUAGCAGUUGUUUGAUUUUCGAAUAUAACACAUUAUUCUCCUAAAAGAAGAACACCUGCAUGUUUCUGCUGCGCGUUCUAGUGUACUGUAUCAACGUUGUUAUUACAGACCCACAUAGGAGCUUUAGCUGCUAUAAAGUUUGAUGUUCAAACUUAAUGGCAAUUAUUUUUGAAAAUAUUGUUCCUUUUUCUCCCAUGUAAAGACAGGGUAU